CUGUAGACCCCAUUUUACCUUCAGCUAUGGAGUGGAGAACAUCUGCACUCUGCAUACUGCUGCUGGUUCUCACCUGUGGCACCCUGGUUAAUGCAAAGAGGGUCUAUGCUAGUAACCAUGUGAACACUAUCUGUAGCAUGUGGGGUAACUUCCACUUCAAGACAUUUGACGGAGAGACUUAUCAGUUUAAAGGCACGUGUGAAUAUAACCUGGUGUCCGACUGUCAUAGCCUCAUUCGCCAGUUCUCGGUUUACGUGAAGAGAACCCAAGAACCCAAAGAUUCAAAGAUCAGCAGACUGUCGGUUACUAUAAAUGACAUUGCCGUGGUAAUGACAGAGGACCUGGUGACGGUCAAUGAAAUGAAUGUAACACUACCCAUCCAUGUCGCAGGAAUCCUCGUGGAGAAGAAUCCGAUUUACACCAAACUCUAUUCCAAGCUUGGCAUCACUGUCAUGUGGAACAGAGAUGAUUCAGUCUUGGUGGAGCUGGACUCCAAAUAUUCCAGUCACACUUGUGGACUGUGUGGUGAUUUUAAUGGCAUUGCACUCAAUGAUGAAUUUAUCCAUUCAGGGCGAAGGCUUGGCUAUGUCGAGUUCGGGAAUAUGCACAGAGUUCAUGACCCGAACCAUUUUUGUGAAGACCCCUUUGAAGAGGUUGAAGGGCAAAAUGCGGUGGACCAAUGUGAAAAACACCAGGAGAUUUGUGGAGACAUUUUGGAAAAUGAAGACUGGUCAUCUUGUAGCUGGGUUCUGAGCCCUUUGCCAUACAUCAAGGCUUGUGCGAAUGACAUGUGUAACCGUCAGACUGAUGAAACAAACACCUCCUCUCUUUGCUCAACUCUGUCUGAAUACUCACGUCAGUGCUUGCACGCCGGAGGAACCCCACCCAACUGGAGAACAUCCAACUUCUGCUCUGUGAAAUGUCCCUACAAUAUGGUUUAUUCUGAAAGUGGUUCUCCCUGCAUGGACACAUGCUCACACAGAGACACAAACAAGCUGUGUGAAGAACACAAAGUCGACGGCUGCUUCUGCCCUCCAGGCACUGUAUUUGAUGAUAUCUCAAACACGGGCUGUAUCCCACUGAAACAAUGCCAGUGUAAACAUGACCACGUCUACAAUACAGGAGAGGUCCUUCAGAAAGAGGGGGAAGAAUGUGUGUGUGACGGAGGAAACUGGAUUUGUAAGAGUCUGCCCAGUCCUGGCCUGUGCGCGGUAGAGGAAGGCUCUCACUUCACCACCUAUGACGGGAAAGAAUUCACUUUCCACGGAGACUGCAACUAUUUGCUUUCUAAAGAAUGUGAGAGGUCAAAGUUCAGCAUAUAUGGGCAAAUUGUUCCUUGUAUAAAUCUUGAAACUGACACCUGCUUGAAAUCUAUAGCGGUGCUGCUUGACAACGACAAGAAAAAUCCUCUUAUUAUUAAAGCUGAUGGGACAGUGCAACACAACGCUGAAGUUUUACUUCCAUACACCACAGCUGACUUUACCGUGUUCAGGCCGUCGUCAUUUCACAUCAUGUUUCAGACCGCAUUCGGUCUGCAGGUGCAGGUUCAGCUGGUUCCCAUCAUGCAGGUGUACAUUACUGUUGAUCAAAGCUUUCAAGGGAAGACUUGUGGGCUUUGUGGAAAUUUUAACAAAGUUCUUUCUGACGACCUGAAGACGCUUCAGGGCAUAGUGGAGGGUACAGCCAUUUCGUUCGCAAACACCUGGAAGGUCCAAUCUAACUGCCCUGACCGUAAAGAGAGAAUGGACGACCCCUGUUCCUAUAGCACCAAUAACGAGCACUUUGCUGAGCACUGGUGUUCCAAGAUGAAGGACAAAGAGAGCCUGUUUGCCAAAUGUCACACCUCCGUCAAUCCAGACAGCUACUACAAAAGGUGCAAAUACUCCAGCUGUAAUUGUGAGAAGAGUGAAGAGUGUCUGUGCGCUGUGUUCUCCUCGUACGCCCGGGCCUGUGCAGCUAAAGGGAUAUUUCUCCAAGGCUGGAGACACUUAGUUUGCGAGAAAUACACAAUGAAUUGCCCUGCGUCGCAAAACUACUCCUAUCAGCUGCAGAGCUGUCAGAGCACUUGUCAAUCUCUCAGCUCGGAGCGCCAGGACUGCAGCGUUGACUUUGUGCCUGUAGACGGAUGUGCCUGUCCAGAAGGACUCUACCAAGAUGAGAUGGGAGUCUGUGUACCCAUGGAAAGAUGUCCAUGUUACCACAAUGGCUUGAAAGUCAAACCUGGCAGGUCUAUCAGCAUCAAGGAUGAACAUUGUGUUUGCAUGAAUGGAAAAUUUCACUGUCGCUCUUGGAAACCUCGUGUUCUGGAUUGCUCAUCUCCAAGGGUUUACUUCAACUGCAGUACAGCAGGCCAGAAUGAACAUGGAUUGGAGUGUGCACAGACUUGUUUGCAACAGAAAGUGGAUUGUUUCUCCCUGGAGUGUGAAUCUGGAUGCCAGUGUCCUACAGGUCUCCUGGAUGAUGGAAGAGGAAACUGUGUUACACCACAUAACUGCCCGUGUCCACACAAUGGACAGUUUUAUGCACCAGGGGCUCAGAUAACCAAGGACUGCAAUAAAUGCACUUGUCAACAGGGAACAUGGAAAUGUACAGAACAUAGCUGUCCGGGCAUCUGCACUAUUUAUGGAAGUGGACAUUAUCAAACUUUUGAUCAACAACGAUUCGGCUUUAGAGGGGACUGCAGUUAUAUAGCUGUGCAGGACAAGUGCGGCAAUAAGACUGGCCAUUUUAGCGUGGUGACUGAGAAUAUACCGUGUGGAACAACAGGAACCACGUGUUCAAAAGCUGUUGAUAUCAUUUUGGGGAGGACUAGACUGGAUCUUUCUGGUGACAAAGUAACAGCCACUGACACUGGAGUUGGUCCACUUAUCAAGUACAAAGAAAGAAAGGUUGGCAUGUAUCUCGUCAUCGAUGCUGAGAACGGUCUGACAGUUUUGUGGGACCGGGUAACCACCGUCCGCAUCAUUCUGCAACCCCAGCAUUCGGGACAAGUUUGCGGGCUCUGUGGAAAUUUCAAUGGAGAUGGAAAAGAUGACUUCACCACUCAAGGAAACCUGCAAACUACAAAUAUAGUAGAGUUUGUGGACAGCUGGAAAGCGUUAAGCAACUGUCCUGAUUCAGAACCGGACAUUGACCCGUGCCUGGCGACUCCCAAUCGACACACCUGGGCCAAAAUACAAUGUAGCAUUAUAAAGGGAGAUACUUUCAAUGACUGCCAUAGUAAGGUGGAUCCAAACCCAUAUUACGAGAACUGUGUGAAGGACUCAUGUGCAUGUGACACGGGUGGAGACUGUGAGUGCUUCUGCACAGCCGUAGCCGCUUACGCUCAAGCCUGCAAUGAAGCAGAUGUUUGUGUGGUCUGGAGAACACCUGAGAUCUGCCCUGUGUUCUGUGACUACUACAAUAAUCCAGGUGACUGCACAUGGCAUUACAGUCCAUGUCAUACUCCAUGCUACAAAACCUGUCUCAAUCCUGAGGGUAUCUGCAAUAACACUUUACCCAACCUGGAGGGAUGUUAUCCAGAAUGUCCAGAGGACAAGCCUAUUUUUGAUGAGAAAAAUCAAAUUUGUGUCGAGGAAUGUAAUGGUACUUGUUAUAUUAAUGGUACAGAAUUUAAUCCCGGAGAGGAGAUCCCAACAGAAAAGCCCUGUCAGAUAUGCAUAUGUGAUGAAAAUGGAAACAUACAAUGUUUUCAAAAACCUGGAUGCUGUUACUACAAUGGAACAGAAUAUGGUGACAAUGAUAUAAUUUACAAUGUAACAGAUGGCAUGGGAAUGUGCUACUAUGCCAUUUGUAUAAAUACCACUGUGAUUGAAACACAGGAACCAUGUAAACCUUCACCAACACCUCCUGAAAGUACUCCAACAACUACAAUUACAGUGUCAACAACAGAAUCAACCACUCCCUCACAACCACCCACUGUGUCCACAUCUUCACCUACACCAACAGAAAUUACAACAAUUACAACAACAGGAACACCUCCUAGCAGUGCUCCAACAACAAAAUUGACACAAUCAACAACCAUGUUAGGAUCUACAACUUCCCCACAAACGCCCAAACCUCCCACUGUUUCCACAUCUUCACCUACACCAACAGAAAUUACAACAACAACAACAACAACAACGAGAACACCUCCUAGCAGUACUCCAACAACAAAAAUGACACAAUCAACAACCAUGGUAGGAUCUACAACUUCCUCACAAACGCCCAAACCUCCCACUGCUGAAAUUACAAUUACAACUGGAACACCUCCUGGCAGUAUUACAACAACAAAAAUGACACAAUCAACAACCAUGGUAGGAUCUACAACUUCCUCACAAACACCCAAACCUCCCACUGUUUCCACAUCUUCACCUACACCAACAGAAAUUACAACAACAACAGGAACACCUCCUAGCAGUACUCCAACAACAAAAAUGACACAAUCAACAACCAUGGUAGGAUUUACAACUUCCCCACAAACACCCAAACCUCCCACUGUUUCCACAUCUUCACCUACACCAACAGAAAUUACAACAACAACAUCAGGACCACCUCCUAGCAGUACUCCAACAACAAAAAUGACACAAUCAACAACCAUGGUAGGAUCUACAACUUCCUCACAAACGCCCAAACCUCCCACUGCUGAAAUUACAAUUACAACUGGAACACCUCCUGGCAGUAUUACAACAACAAAAAUGACACAAUCAACAACCAUGGUAGGAUCUACAACUUCCUCACAAACACCCAAACCUCCCAAUGUUUCCACAUCUUCACCUACACCAACAGAAAUUACAACAACAACAGGAACACCUCCUAGCAGUACUCCAACAACAAAAAUGACACAAUCAACAACCAUGGUAGGAUCUACAACUUCCUCACAAACGCCCAAACCUCCCACUGCUGAAAUUACAAUUACAACUGGAACAUCUCCUGGCAGUACUCCAACAACAAAAAUGACACAAUCAACAACCAUGGUAGGAUCUACAACUUCCUCACAAACACCCAAACCUCCCACUGUUUCCACAUCUUCACCUACACCAACAGAAAUUACAACAACAACAACAGGACCACCUCCUAGCAGUACUCCAACAACAAAAAUGACACAAUCAACAACCAUGGUAGGAUCUACAACUUCCCCACAAACGCCCAAACCUCCCACUGCUGAAAUUACAAUUACAACUGGAACACCUCCUGGCAGUACUACAACAACAAAAAUUACACAAUCAACAACCAUUGUAGGAUCUACAACUUCCUCACAAACACCCAAACCUCCCACUGCUUCCACAUCUUCACCUACACCAACAGAAAUUACAACAACAACAACAGGAACACCUCCUAGCAGUACUCCAACAACAAAAAUAACACAAUCAACAACAGUAGUAGAAUCUACCCCAUCAUCAUCAACACCCAACUUGUCCACUGUUUCCACACCUAUAGCAUCUACAACAACAGAAACAUCUAUUUCAUCAACUUCAAGUCCAACAACCUCAUCAGGAACUCCAGAAACAAUGUCACCUUGUGUGGAUAAAUGUGAGUGGUCUGAGUGGUUCAAUGUAUAUAAUCCUGUAACAGGAGGAGGGAAUGACUUUGAGACAUAUGAAAAUAUAAAACAAAGUGGAAAAAAUAUCUGUGAACAUCCAGAAGAUAUUGAAUGUAGAGCUGUGAACCAACCGGACAUUAGCUUUGAAGAAUUUGUUAGUUCAACAAAACAAGUAGUCCAGUGCAAUGUUUUAUAUGGUCUGCAGUGUGAGAAAAAUAAACAGAACAACCGUCCCUAUAAAUGUUUUGACUAUGAAAUACGGGUCCUCUGCUGUUUUCCUUGUUCCACACCAUCACCCACAACAACACCAACCUUUACAUUUAGCACAACACAAACACCCUUAGGCUCAACAUCCAGGCCAUCUACCACAUCCUCACAAACGCCCAAACCUCCCACUGUUUCCACAUCUUCACCUACACCAACAGAAAUUACAACAACAACAGGAACACCCCCUAGCAGUACUCCAACAACAAAAUUGACACAAUCAACAACCAUGGUAGGAUCUACAACUUCCCCACAAACGCCCAAACCUCCCACUGCUGAAAUUACAAUUACAACUGGAACACCUCCUGGCAGUAUUACAACAACAAAAAUGACACAAUCAACAACCAUGGUAGGAUCUACAACUGCCUCACAAACACCAAAACCUCCCACUGUUUCCACAUCUUCACCUACACCAACAGAAAUUACAACAACAACAGGAACACCUCCUAGCAGUACUCCAACAACAAAAAUUACACAAUCAACAACCAUGGUAGGAUCUACAAUUUCCUCACAAACGCCCAAACCUCACACUAUUUCCACAUCUUCACCUACACCAACAAAAAUAACAACAACAACAACAACAGGAACAACUUCUGGUAGUACUCAGCCAACAAACAUUAUUGAAUCAACAACCGAAACAGUAACUACAUUAUUAGUAUCAACUAAGAGCAGCUCAACUCCUGAGCUACAAGUAACUACUGGUCCUACAAAAACAACACUACCCGUCUCAACCGAAAAACAAAUAAAUGGAUCAACUGAAUCUACAACAACCAUAGAACCACCCACAUCCUUACAAACGGCCAAAUCAACCACUGUUUCAACAUCUUUACCUACACCAUCAAAAGUUACAAUAACAACAGGAAAAACUCCUGGAAGUACUCCAACAACAGAACUAACACAAUCAACAACAGGGGUUGGAUCUACCACAUCCUCACAAACACCAAAACCACCCACGGUUUCUACAUCUUCACCUACACCGACAGAAAAGACUACAACAACAGGAACACCUCCUGAAAGUACUCCAACAACUAAAGUAACAGAAUCAACAACAGUGGUAGUAUCUACAACUUCCUCACAAACACCCAAACCACCCAUUGUUUCUACAUCUUCACCUACACCAACAGAAAAGGCUACAACAACAGGAACACCUCCUGGACCUACUCCAACAACUAAAGUAACAGAAUCCACAACAGUGGUGGUAUCUACAACUUCCUCACAAACACCCAAACCACCCACUGUUUCUACAUCUUCACCUACACCAACAGAAAAGACUACAACAACAGGAACACCUCCUGGACCUACUCCAACAACUAAAGUAACAGAAUCAACAACAGUGGUAGUAUCUACAACUUCCUCACAAACACCCAAACCACCUGUUGUUUCUACAUCUUCACCUACACCAACAACUUCUACAACAGGAACACCUCCUGGAGGUACUCCAACAACUAAAGUAACACAAUCAACAACAGGGGUUGGAUCUACCACAUCCUCACAAACACCAAAACCACCCACUGUUUCUACAUCUUCACCUACACCAACAGAAAAGGCUACAACAACAGGAACACCUCCUGGACCUACUCCAACAACUAAAGUAACAGAAUCCACAACAGUGCUGGUAUCUACAACUCCCUCACAAACACCCAAACCACCCACUGUUUCUACAUCUUCACCUACACCAACAGAAAAGACUACAACAACAGGAACUCCUCCUGGACCUACUCCAACAACUAAAGUAACACAAUCAACAACAGUGGUAGUAUCCACAACUUCCUCACAAACACCCAAACCACCCAUUGUUUCUACAUCUUCACCUACACCAACAGAAAAGACUACAACAACAGGAACACCUCCUGGACCUACUCCAACAACUAAAGUAACAGAAUCAACAACAGUGGUGGUAUCUACAACUUCCUCACAAACACCCAAACCACCUGUUGUUUCUACAUCUUCACCUACACCAACAAUUUCUACAACAGGAACACCUCCUGGAGGUACUCCAACAACUAAAGUAACACAAUCAACAACAGGGGUUGGAUCUACCACAUCCUCAAAAACACCAAAAACACCCACUGUUUCUACAUCUUCACCUACACCAACAGAAAAGACUACAACAACAGGAACACCUCCUGGACCUACUCCAACAACUAAAGUAACAGAAUCAACAACAGUGGUAGUAUCUACAACUUCCUCACAAACACCCAAACCACCCAUUGUUUCUACAUCUUCACCUACACCAACAGAAAAGGCUACAACAACAGGAACACCUCCUGGACCUACUCCAACAACUAAAGUAACAGAAUCCACAACAGUGCUGGUAUCUACAACUCCCUCACAAACACCCAAACCACCCACUGUUUCUACAUCUUCACCUACACCAACAGAAAAGACUACAACAACAGGAACUCCUCCUGGACCUACUCCAACAACUAAAGUAACACAAUCAACAACAGUGGUAGUAUCCACAACUUCCUCACAAACACCCAAACCACCCAUUGUUUCUAUAUCUUCACCUACACCAACAGAAAAGACUACAACAACAGGAACACCUCCUGGACCUACUCCAACAACUAAAGUAACAGAAUCAACAACAGUGGUGGUAUCUACAACUUCCUCACAAACACCCAAACCACCUGUUGUUUCCACAUCUUCACCUACACCAACAAUUUCUACAACAGGAACACCUCCUGGAGGUACUCCAACAACUAAAGUAACACAAUCAACAACAGGGGUUGGAUCUACCACAUCCUCAAAAACACCAAAAACACCCACUGUUUCUACAUCUUCACCUACACCAACAGAAAAGACUACAACAACAGGAACACCUCCUGGACCUACUCCAACAACUAAAGUAACAGAAUCAACAACAGUGGUAGUAUCUACAACUUCCUCACAAACACCCAAACCACCCAUUGUUUCUACAUCUUCACCUACACCAACAGAAAAGGCUACAACAACAGGAACACCUCCUGGACCUACUCCAACAACUAAAGUAACAGAAUCCACAACAGUGGUGGUAUCUACAACUUCCUCACAAACACCCAAACCACCCACUGUUUCUACAUCUUCACCUACACCAACAGAAAAGACUACAACAACAGGAACACCUCCUGGACCUACUCCAACAACUAAAGUAACAGAAUCAACAACAGUGGUAGUAUCUACAACUUCCUCACAAACACCCAAACCACCUGUUGUUUCUACAUCUUCACCUACACCAACAGAAAAGACUACAACAACAGCAACACCUCCUGGACCUACUCCAACAACUAAAGUAACAGAAUCAACAACAGUGGUAGUAUCUACAACUUCCUCACAAACACCCAAACCACCCAUUAUUUCUACAUCUUCACCUACACCAACAGAAAAGACUACAACAACAGGAACACCUCCUGGAAGUACUUCAACAACUAAAGUAACACAAUCAACAACAGUGGUGGUAUCUACAACUUCCUCACAAACACCCAAACCUCCCACUGUUUCUACAUCUUCACCUACACCAACAACUUCUACAACAGGAAUACCUACUGGAAGUACUCCAUCAACUAAAGAAACACAAUCAACAACAGUGGUAGUAUCUACAACUUCCUCACAAACACCCAAACCAACCACUGUUUCUACAUCUUCACCUACACCAGCAAAAGUUACAAUAACAACAGAAACACCUCCUGAAAUUACUCCAACAACAAAACUAACACAAUCAACAAUAGGGGUUGGAUCUACCACAUCUUCACAAACACCAAAACCACCCACUGUUUCUACAUCUUCACCUACACCAACAGAAAAGACUACAACAACAGGAACACCUCCUGGACCUACUCCAACAACUAAAGUAACAGAAUCAACAACAGUGGUGGUAUCUACAACUUCCUCACGAACACCCAAACCACCCACUGUUUCUACAUCUUCACCUACACCAACAACUUCUACAACAGGAACACCUCCUGGAGGUACUCCAACAACUAAAGUAACACAAUCAACAACAGGGGUUGGAUCUACCACAUCCUCACAAACACCAAAACCACCCACUGUUUCUACAUCUUCACCUACACCAACAGAAAAGACUACAACAACAGGAACACCUCCUGGACCUACUCCAACAACUAAAGUAACAGAAUCAACAACAGUGGUGGUAUCUACAACUUCCUCACAAACACCCAAACCACCCAUCGUUUCUACAUCUUCACCUACACCAACAAGAAUUACUACUACAACAACAACAACAGGAACACCUACUGUUUCAUCUACACGUCCUGGAAGCACUCCACCGACCUCAUCCACAAAGCCCUUAACAACAACUAUAAAGACAACCCUUUCUACAUCUACCCGUCCUAGCACUACACCCUGUAUUUGUGAAUUUAAUGGAAUGCAGUAUGAGCCUGGAGAUACAAUCCUCGACAAUGUGCACCUUGGCUCUGGGAUCUGCCUUACCAUGGUCUGCUCUGACAUCUGUGUGAUUCAGAAUAAAACAAACCCAUGUCCAACUUCACCAACACCAACUCCCACUCCAUACUACGACUGCCCUGAAUGGGACAAAAAUACCAAUGAGACCUUCAUCCUGUGUAACUGCACCAUGGCUAGAUGCAUAGAGGACAACAUCAUUGAGAUUAUCCCAUACGAAUGUCCCCCACUCCAAAACAUCACAUGUGCUAAUGGAAAGAACCCAGUGCUGGUAUAUGAUGAGCAUUACUGCUGCCAGCAUUACGCAUGUGACUGCUUUUGUGAAGGCUGGGGCGAUCCUCAUUACAUCACAUUUGAUGGAACGUUUUACAGUUAUCAAGGAAACUGCACUUAUACAUUAAUGGAAGAAAUUCGGCCUCACUAUCAUUUGAAGAUCUACAUUGAUAAUGUCUUUUGUGACCCCAUUGAGCGUGUUUCCUGUCCAAGGUCAAUUAUUGUAUCGUAUAACAACCAAGUCAUUACACUUACAAAUCACAAUUUAUUUGGAGGUGCAGAUCUAGAGGCUUCAAUGGACAAUAAAAAGCUAAGACUGCCUUUUAGUCGUAAUGGAGUGAGGGUGGUGAGCUCAAGCUUGGAUUUAUUCCUGGAGAUUCCGCAGCUGGAUGUCAUUGUAACAUUCGGAGCCACCGGCUUUAGCAUCAACCUGCCAUUCAAGCAUUUUGGAAACAACACACAAGGGCACUGUGGAACAUGCAACAAUAACGUGGCCGAUGACUGUAUGCUUCCCGGAGGAAUCUUGGUGCCUGACUGUGCAGUGAUGGCGGAUUACUGGCCAGCUAACAUCAAAAAUGGUGAAAUAUGCACUAAACCGACUGUGUUACCUACAGUGGCAACAAGCCCCAAACCCACACCCAGCAAUUGCCAGGCUCUUCCGGAAUGCAACCUCCUGAACAGCAAGUUGUUCGAACAGUGCCAUGCCUAUGUGUCUCCAGAUAACUUCUUUACAGGCUGUCAAUAUGACAGCUGUCAUAUGAGCAACCAUGCCGUGGUGUGUACGAGUCUGCAGAGCUAUGCAAGGGCUUGUUCUCAGUUUGGCCUCUGCAUAAACUGGAGAAACUACACAAGCCUCUGCAACAUUGAAUGCCCAAUAGGUAAAAUCUUCAAGCCAUGUGGCCCAGCUGAACCCCAAACCUGUGAAGACCAACCUGAACAGAGCAGUAUUGAAAUGAGCACUGAGGGAUGCUUUUGCCCAGAUGGAAUGAUGCUCUUCAACAAAGAAUCAGGAGUCUGUGUGGAAAAAUGCGGAUGCCUGGAUGCAUCAGGGACACCACGUGAGUUUGGUGAGGUCUUCGAGUACAACUGCGGGGAAUGUGUCUGUGAAAGGGACACCAAAUCUGUCAACUGUAAGCCCAAACAGUGUCAAGAUUCUGUCCCUGAGAGCUGCACACAACCUGGCUUAGUGUUGGUGAAUGUCACCGAUCCCUCUGACCCAUGCUGCACCAAACAAGUUUGCGAUUGUGAUAUAACUUCAUGCCCACCUUUGAAAAAGAUGUGUGAGAUUGGAUAUUCUUCAGAAUUGGAGGUGCCUGAGGGAAAAUGCUGUCCAGAAAUUAUAUGCGUGCCCAAAAAAGUCUGUGUCUUUGACAAUAAAGAAUAUGAGCCUGGUAGCCACAUCCCCGUUGUUAACUGUCAAGAAUGUAAAUGUACUCGGGAAGUGGAUCCUAAAACACAGUGGUUCAAAGUCAGCUGCAAAAUGGUGACAUGCAACAAAGUCUGUGAUGAUGGGUAUGAAUAUCAAGAGCCUGUAAGCUAUAAGGACUGCUGUGGGAAGUGCGUGCAAACUCACUGUAUCGUCAAUGUCAAUGGCACGCAACAUAUACUGAAGGAGGGAGAUGUUUUGCCCACUACUGACCAAGAUUGUGACAGAAUCACGUGCACUAAAGUUAAUGGACAUUUCGUCACUGAUAACUACAAAGUCCAGUGCCCUGCUUUCAACAUCUCCAACUGCCAGCCUGGUACAGUAAAGCUCAUGGCUGAUGGCUGCUGCUACUUCUGUGAGGAAAAGAUUAAGAGCUGUCAAGUGCAGAUUGUUCACGAUUAUAUCGUUUUCGACGGCUGCCAAUCAGAGAAUAAAAUGGACCUGACGUUCUGUGAGGGAGAAUGUGGCAGUUAUACCAGGUACACUGAACCCAAGUUCUCCACCUGUAGCUGUUGCCAGGCAACCAACACAAGUAAUAGAACAGUGUCUCUCGGUUGUCCAAGUGGAGGCAAAAUACAUCACACGUUCAUUCAUGUCAAUAAGUGCACCUGUAGUAAAACAGCCUGUCAUGAAACUGGAUUUAACCAACAGAAGCUUGAAAACUCCCGUAAGAAACGCGGCUUUCAACUUACAUGAGCUCUUAAUGACUCCAUAUGUCAAUGAGCCGUCAAAUAACUGUGUGAAGCUUGUAAUCUGAAUUUAAUUUAAUUGCAUUGCUAUGUUUAACUAUUUCAAAAGCUUAAUUUCUUUCUCAAUUGAUCUUUGGAUAA